UUUUACUUUGCUUUUUUUAAUUUCUGUUCUUUUCUCUGGGACUCUCUAUGACGUUCUUCUCUUUUUGUGUCUUCUAAACUUUAGCAAUCCCACAAGCAGGCAUAUGUGGACAUAUACACACAUAGGGACACAUAGCUUACACACACACGUUGGCAUUUCUUUCCUUCAUUAUCACUUGGGUUGCAUUUUCCACAUUCUUCCACUUAUUGCAAUUUUGCCUGACUUCCCAACCCCUGUUGUGUGUUCAAGCGUGGGCAUAAUCUGAGCAGCAAAGUUAGAAAGCCGGGAAGGAUAAGGAUUGGGAAAUUGACAGAUUGAUGGAAACAGAGGGAAAGAAACUGGUAAUGAAAGAGAAAGAGAGCUUGUGAGUGGGUGUGUCUGGUCACCAAUGUAGUCUGCAACGUCACACGGAAUAAGAUAAUCACCUCCCUCUAAUGAUGCGGCUGCUCAUCGCCGGGGGCAACCGCAGCCCACUGUGGUCUGAUGUUGACAAUCAUCACAUGCACGCACGCACACACAUACCAGACAUACAUCAAAACACUCACAAGCGUGACAGCCAAUUAAUGAGAGGGACGGGAGAAAGAAAGAUUCGGAAUUACGACAUUCCUCAUUGUCAAAACUCUUAGCGCCGCUUUGCUCCUAUCCGCUAAUUAGUGUCUAGUUGUCCUUCUCUUUCUUUCUUUCUCUCUCUGCUGGGUGUGCUUGUAGGUCUGUUUGACAUCUACAGUGCAGUCCUGGUCUUUGCAGCUUUUUUCCCCUUCUAAUUGGUAUAAGCUGAAUAUACACGUGUCAGAAAAUGGAUGUUUAAAUUCAGGCACAGUUUCCAGAAGGGCUUUGUCGCAGUUGUGUUUUACAUCAGAGAACAUGUAUAUAAGGGCAGUUUGUAGCAUUUAUUUUGCACUGGAUGUUUUUGUUGUCGUAUCCAUGCCUUCAUGCUUGCUGGAAUGAAUGUCCAUACAGGUUAUGUGGGUUUAUAUAUGUGGCAAAUAUGUGCAGCAGUUACCUAGAGACUCACAAAGCAGCUGUGACAGUGCUGGCCUUUAGCGAAGCUCUAUGUGAUGGAGUGUUUUACAUGCUCCCCUGAUAAGGUGAAUCUUCAAUCAAAAAGCAAUGCAUUACCCCAAUAUGAAACUCAAUGUGUGGUUCUUCUGUGUUUGUAUGUGUGUGUGUGUGAAUCACUGACGUUUCUCCCUUCCUCACUUAAAGGUCACAGGAUCACUUGCUUUAACAAGACAUGCAAAUAAACACACACACACACACACACACACACACACACACACACACACACACACAUUCACACUGCAAAUGGCUGUUUAGAUCAAGACUGACUCCCCAACAGAAGAGAUAUGCAAGCAAUCAAUUUUGAUGCUUGUUAUACUAUAAUUAGACACACAAACCUAUGCGCAUUAUGCAAACAGGAAUAUGCAAAUUGCAGCGGAGGCAGCCAGUCCGUGACGAAUGUUACGCCCAGUGGUUCCGCUGGUGCGCACAACGACAGGUUGAUGAUGAUUUUAAGAUAAAUAAACUCAGCUUGUUUGUUCGUCACUUUUUCUCUCUCUGUCUUUCAGUUUAAAUGAAAAAGAUGUAUUAACUGUAAAUCGUGAGGAUAGCUCAGCAGGUAAAAAAGCAAAGACAUAUUUCCCUCUUCUUUUUUGAUGCUUUCCUCUCCCUCUUCCGCUCUGUCUCUCUCUGCCUCCUUCUUAAUACUUGUAAUGGGGCUGUUUGAUGGUGCACUUUUUGAUUAUGUGUCCUUUUCCAUGAACAGCAUCUGACCACAAGUGCUGUGUGUUUCUUUGAACGGCUGAAUUUUAAACUCAAUUAGCACCUGUGCACACAAAUACACACACAUACGCGCAUGUGCAAGCACACAAAAGCCAGCUUGGUUUGCACUCACACUGGGCACUGGCACAAAUUAGACUGUGGAACACACAUACACACAUACACACACACACACAUCCAUGCACCUGAGUGGUGAAGCUAAUUUGCCCGAGCAGACCUGAGUGAAAGGAAUAAUGAGGCUUUGAUGACUUCACUUGCAGCGACUCGUUCCACUGUGACAUCAUCUGUGACCUUAACAUGACCCCUACUCUUUGCUCUGAUUCAUUCACCCCCCUCCUUCUGUGGAAAACUGCACCUCUGAUUGGCUGAACUCCACUGCAUCAGAUAAAGUGAAAUGUGGAAUACCAGUCAAGCCAUUUGUUCGACUGUGAAUUGGGAUGUUGUUUCAAAGCCAAUGUAUAUUCAGAGAUCAGAGUAGAGAUGUAGGUAGAUAGAGGUAAGCAGAGGAAACACUUAGCUGCAUAUGGGACCAUUGAGAGGAUAUCUGAAACAGCUGAUGCUCUUUUGUGAAAAAGAAAUCUAAAGCACUCUCUGUUUUUGGGAAGUUGGUGGCAUUUUUGCCCUUUAUUUGAUAGUGACAGUUGCAGAGAUGGACAGGAAAGGCGGGAGAGAGAGAUGGGAUGACAUGCAGCAAAGGGUUGGGAGCGAUCCCAGGCCGGUGCAGUAAGGACUCAGCCUUAAUGGUACGAGGUCUACCUUUUUUAUUUUGGACCCAUGCAGCUUUGUGGUUAGAAAAUAUGGUUCCAACUGUACAUGUCGGUGCAAAAACUGGGAUUCACACUCGAUGUUAAACUGCUGGUGACCUUGAGCGGAACCUGAUGCUGUGGUUUCGGAUGAUGCUGUAAACCCCAGCUGUAACCCCUGUGUCGUAUUACCAAUAGUCUUCCACUAAUGGACAUAUUAUUCAUUGCCUUGAGUCUGUCUCUCUUAAAUGACCUCUCUGUGUGCAUCUAAACGCACACAAUUGCAACUGCACACAAUUACGCACACACAAUGGGGCAAAACAGCAUGCAUCAUUCAUUUCUGUAAUCAGUGCGCCGUCAGUAUAUUUGUCUAAUGAUCCAUAAUGCAUUAGCAAGCUUGGAAUUGGGUUUCGGUUGAAGGGACAAAGGCGAAAAAUUACAUUUAGAAAUUCACACAUGCGUAUGCAUGUUCAACACCCACACAUAUACCAAAUCUUUUGCAGGUCUGACUGAGAACAUUGAGAAAGAUACUGAUUGUUUGGAUGCUCUGGGGCAUCAUUGCUGCUGCCAUAUUCACCAGUGGCAGUGGAAUGAAUUAAUCAUAACUUUAGUCAUUCUCCAAAUCGCCCGCCUGUGACUACCGAAUAACGGAAGGCAAUAUGGGGCCACGUUGAACUCGACAAAUUCAUUUUCAGGUCGUUGUUUUUGCUCUGUUGUUCCUCAUCAUCCUAUUCUUGUGACCUAGGAGAGACGAGCAAUUUAGAGAAAAGGAUAGAGGAAUAGCAGUAAAUUGAAAGGUGGGGCACAGAUUGUGGGUGAGGAAAGAGGAAGGAAGCAAAGAGAGGUUUAAGUUGUACAAGUGGAAGGUAGUGAGAGGGUAAGAGGAGUGAGCAGGAGAGGGUGAGAGGUUGAUUGAGAGAGAGUGAAGGAAGAAGAAACACUCCUUUACUGUAUCCAGCUGCUGCCAAGGAAUGGCCUAAUGAGAACCAAGGGAUCCUUAAGAGGGCCUAACGCUCCAAGCAAGGGAGCCGUAGCAUAAGCCAGGCAGUCAGGGGAGCUUCUUGUUUCGGGACCAACAGGCACAGCCGCACAUUUUCCACCACAUUGCAUCUUCAGGCACCGCCAGGGAUUAUUUUACAGGUCGGAGCUUACGGGGAGGGGUGCUUUUCCCAUGAAAGAGGGAGGGACGUACUUUAGAGAAAUGAAAGACAGACAGAGCUAAACGCUUCCUGGCAGAGGGAUUGAGAGCAAGUUAUUUAGCCGGCCGUUUCUACCUGAAGACAUGGAGCACCAUUUCCUGAUGAGACUGUGGUGAGACCGGUGCAGCCCUGUCACGCCCACAGCGCCCCCUUUCGGCCCGGACGGCCCACCACGCCCCGGCGCCUGUGAAAGGGUACCAUGUCAGCCGUAGCAUGUCCCAGCAUUCCUCCGGUGGUGGCGGAGGAGGCCCCUGCCACUGCACACCUGAGGACUGUGACGGCCUGGGAAGAGACUACUACCAGGGUCACAGUGAUGGCCACUAUUACCCCACAGGAGGUCCGGCUGAGGCCCUGGCGCUCGAGAGGCACCAUUCCCACUCCCACUCUCAUAGCCACUCUGGAGGGGGAACCUUCCCCCGCUCCCACCCCAGCCAGCACCCACCUCUCCAGUCGUUUGACUCUUGCGAAGAGUGCCUGUCCUCAGGCCACGGAGGGAAAAUGCAUCGCAUUCCCCCAAACCUGAUGGACCAGUUUGAGAAGCAGGUGCCCUUUCAUCCCGAUGGCUUCCACACACUGCAGUACCAGCGCACCACUAGUGGGGGUGCUGAGCCACGCAGUGAGAGCCCCUCACGUAUCCGCCACCUGGUCAACUCUGUGCAGCGCCUCUUUGCCAAGUCCCAUUCCCUGGAGGCACCAUCCAAACGGGAGUACAACGGCACAAGAGGAGGUGGGGACUACCGUGGUGAGAGAGGAGGAGGCCACAGGAGUGGAGGGGAGGAUGGUGGAGGCCAUUACUCAGGCCACCAGCCUCGCUCUACCAGGAGGAGCAAGUCUCGAGAGCGUAGCAAGAGCGGAGACUCACGGCACGAGUCGGGCAGACGCCAUCGCAGCAGGACAGCAGGCUGGUGGAGCUCUGACGACAACCUUGACAGUGACAGCAGCUUCCUGGUCAGCGGGGGCAGACGGGGGUAUCCCAGCGGACACGAGAGCCUAGAUGCAGCCAUCCAGGAGCUCACCAUGAAGAGGCCCAAGGAGCGUGGUGGUGGGCCGGGGCCUGGGGAGUGCAUGGCCUGCACCACAAUGGCUCUGGCUGGCGGUGAAGGAGGGGGACACCAUGGGCACCAUGGCCACUCCCUGAAAAGGAGCACCUGGUCAGCCAUGACAGUGAGUCAAGCCAGGGAGGUGUACCCUUCCACCAGGGGAGGAGGCUACGAUAAAGCCCUUGUGCCUGUGGAGAGUAAGAUGAAGGAGAGGACCUUCCACUACCUACAGUGUUUCUCCAGCUGUCAGAGUUUCUCUCUUUCUGUCCCGUCAGAAGACUGGGGAGGUGGAUAUGGCGGUGGUGGUGGUGCAACUGACAGCGGUGGGGAGAUUCCAUGCCGCCGCAUGCGGAGCGGCAGCUACAUCAAGGCCAUGGGCGAUGAUGACAGUGCUGACUCAGACACCAGCCCAAAAGCCUCGCCUAAGUCCACCCUGAUCGCCCAGAGGGAUGCCUUUAGACGAUCUAUCAGCAUGGAUCAAAGGUACUCAUGUAAGCAGUGCACAGACUCCUACCCCAACAGCCGAACCACACCCAAAACCCACGCCCGCUCUCGUAGCUACACCCGCUCUCUGACCAGCUCACAGCUGGGAGACACGCUGAACCGUCAGUUUGAGGCGGUGUGUGAGACCAUGUUCGGGGAGGUGGAGUCUCAAGCCGUCGAGGCCCUGGAUCUUCCAGGUGUGUUCCGCACUCGCAGCCACAGCUACGUCCGUGCCAUCCAGGCCGGCUGUUCCCAGGACGACGACUGCCUCUCCGUCUUCUCCAUGUCGGGCCCCCAGGGUAGCAUCAAGGGCGGGGCCGUCUGUCCCUUUUUCUUUCCUUAUCGUAAAGGUGCUCCUCCCCCACUCCCACCUCGCAUGUCCAAGUCUUCGCUCUUGGUGCGAGCCCAGAGCAGCACCGAGUCCACCCAGGAUGCCUACUUACAGAGCAGCGGACAGUUGGCCUCAAGCUCAGGCUCCGGGCGGCCUAAGCUGCAAAGCAACUCCGUGGACCUGUGCGGCUCCGACGGCCCCUCUGGUCGCUCCUCCAGAGGGGGUUACUACACCGCCACGGGCCCUGGACGUUCCCGACAGCACAGUAACUCGGCAGAGAGCCUAGAUGGGGUCAGGGGUUCACGGGAGCUGGUGCCCUACGGAAGUGGUCCGGGAGUUGGGGUGAGGGCCAAACACAGCAGCUCGGCUGACAGUCUGCUGGAGGGGCCACCGAGGCCGGCCAGGGAGAGAGACGGCAGGGUCGGGGGCAGCCUGGGGAAGUCAGCCUCUCUGCCUCAGAACAGCAUAGUGCUGAGUAAAGCUGGGGGGCAGGACGAAGGACGUGGUGGAAGAAAGUGGAGGCCAUCCAUAGCUGUGCAAGUGGACAGCUCAGAGACUCUGUCAGAUUCAGAUGCAGAGGGCAAAGCUCUCACAGAGGUCCACUCUAUAGGAGUCCAAGUGGAAGAUGACAAAAGGCGGGCUCGUUUCAAACGCUCCAACAGCGUGACGGCGAGCGUGCAGGCCGACCUGGACCCUGAGGGCUUCCCGGGGCUCAGCAUCGCCGUGCCAACACAGGACAAGAGUCUCCAGUUCGGCUGUUCCUUCCAAAGGCACUCGUCAGAGCCAGAGUCAGCUAGCCAGUUCACAGAGUGCCAGCGCACCGUCCACACACAGGGACAAUGGGCCUACAGAGAGGACUUGAUCCAGAGUGGCUAUGCCACUGAGGCCUGCCCAGCAGACCCACGGCCCCACCAGCACCCACAUUUGCCUCCACGUUCCCACUCCCCUCUGCCCAUCACCUCUGAGAGAGCCUGGGCAGGGACGCCGUCCCUGGAGGGCCCCCGGAGCCUGCCCGACUCGGGCCGAGCCUCACCCUGCAUGAGAGAUGGAGAGUUCUUUUUACGGCUCCUGCAGACAGAGGUGGAGAGGAUGGAGGGCUGGUGCCAGAACAUGGAGACAGAGGCAGAGGAGAACGAACUGCCAGAGGAGAUUCUUGAGCUGAUUCGAAAUGCAGUUGGCAGUGCCCAGAUGCUCAUGUCUCAGAAAGUCCAGCAGUUCUUCCGCCUCUGCCAACAAAGUGUGGACCCAUCAGCGUACCCCCAGCCCACCUCUCAGGACCUGGCAGGCUUCUGGGACCUGCUCCAGCUCAACAUAGAGGACGUCAGGGUCAAGUUUCAGGACCUCCAGAGGCUCAAGGACUCUAGUUGGAGACUUCCACCUGAAAAGAAGGAGGAUAAGAAGCUUCCUCCUCCCUUACCAAAGAAGCCAGCAGGCGGGGUGAGUGGCAGCCUCCGGGCCGAUAGCGUCGGGGAUGGGGGAGCCGGAGGUGGUGGCUCGGGGGGCCUGGUGGUGCCUCGCAUGGGUGGACACACCCUACCUAUCAGGGAGAAGUCCCUGGACCUCGGGGACCGUCAGAGGACAGAAGCGAGGAGGAGGCUUCUGCAGACCAAGCGUACAGCCUCCUUCAGGCAGAACUCGGCCACAGAGAGCGCAGACAGCAUCGAGAUCUACAUCCCCGAAGCCCAGACUCGACUCUGAACACAAGACUGAGGUGUCUCUAACUCACCUCGUCACUUACCCUCACCCCUCUGUUGACCUGCACGCCAAUCUCAGUCCUUCUCUGAGCCCAGUUUUGGAUCUUCUGCGGGCCACUGCUUAUUAUCCGCUACCCUCCCUUCAGCAUUUCCAUCACUUCACUUACCACAACUGCAAAUUCACUUCUCUUGCUCAUUAUACAAGCAAUGACAGCCAUUUUAGUGUUUUGAAAUUUGGACAUUUUACUGACACGACACAGAGGCCUAGAACUGAAAUGGUUGCUAGCAGAUAUGAGUUGUAGACUUUUUUAAGAAUUCUCUGAAUUUCUUUUUGGCUGACAACAAACAAGAAACAGUCCACUUUUAUAACAGUAGUCAGCGGAGGUUCACGCAGUAGUAGCAUGCCUGUGCGUGUUCAUCUAGUACUUUCCAUCACUGAAAAUAAAGGGCUUAACAGGCACAAAACCUCUGUGGGGAUGAGGAGAUGACAGAAUCUCCAUAUGGAUCCCCUGUUUCCAUCUCCUGAAUGCCAUUGGCAACAGAAUCAACUAAGAUAUAUCCACACUCUUCACUGAUGCUACUAGUAUGGAUGAAUAAACAUGGAUUCAUUUCUCACCAUCAGUUUAAAUGCCCUUAAAGUCAGAUGGUUGGCAAUCCCCAAAGAACAUUCUCCAAGCAUAAUUAGUCAACUACAGUUGGCUCCUUUCGUCCAGGUGCCAUCUGUCCACCCAGGCACCCAGUCAAAGAACAUGAAACUAUUUUCUGUCUCUUUCCGUCAUUCUUCACGUCCUGCCUAUCAAUUGACUACCCUCAGCAUUCAGCAAUGAGACUGUUUGAAUGUGCAACUGCUAUUUGUACAUAGUGUGCACACUCAUGUUUGCCAAAAGGAGCUUUUGCGGUGUGGCAUCACAGCCUUGACAGCUAGAGAGCAUCACAGACAAAAAAAAAAACAGAGCUGUUUGCUUUUUAUGUAGUCUCUCUGAAGUUUAAAGUGUUCAGGGGUUGGGUUGCUAUGAAUUUUUAGGGGAAUAUAUUUUGGUGGCUUUUCAGGACUUUACAGAGAAGGCCCCUAUUACACUGUGAGACUAUAGCACCACCAAGUGGUCAAAUGAGGACCCAAACCAACAACAGUGGUCUGUAGAGAGUUCUUUCCACCUGAGUCAGGAAUUAGCAGACGCCCUGAUGAAACAGCCAUGAAAGAAGAUCAGUUUCUUCAUUACUUUUGUGCAGUUUCUUCCCUCGACACACAGUGUUUCUUUUCUUUUCUCCUCCUAUUCAGAGUGGACUUUCCCAUGAUAUGUUUGCAUAAUUGAGAAGAUAAAGCAAUGGAUCACAAAGUAAAAGGGGGAGAGCUGCCAAAGUCUUCAGCAGAAUCCACUCGCGGAACAAUCCUCUCAAUUUCACACGUCGCUGAUGAAAGAAGGAAUAAUUUCUCUGAUCGAAAGAAAACAAAAGAAGUCAUAUUCAAUGUAGCUCCAUCCAAACCCUUUCCAAAGAGUCAUCAAAGAGAGGAAACCAUCAGUUGUGAAAUGACAGAAAAGAAGCAACUUGAUAGUGUUUGGUAAUUAUGCUGAGAUUAAGUAUCACCUGUCAUGAAUGGAAUUAUACUGUAUGUUUGUUGCACUAUGUGUUCCUUUCCCUUCCUCUUUAUUUACUUCUUGAAAUCAUACUAUCUGGUGUUUCCACCUACCAAAGUGUAGCAUGAUUUUAAAAGCUUUGAAGGGGUCUCAUUUACACAUUUAUGUCAGAACAGAUAUUUCUAAUUGAAUUAUUUUGUAUGGAUGGUGCGUAUAGGCUUGUAUGCGUGUGUGUGGUGUGAAUAUGAAGGGCUGUGUGUCAUAAGGGAUGUGUGAUUAAGCCCAAUGAAUGCUAUAAAUCCAAAUCAGACAUUUUAAAAAUGAAAAACACAAAAUCUAAGAAUCUUUUAGCAUGACCUGUUUUUUGUUUCUUUUCUAACAUUUGGAUGGAAUGUGUUGGCAAAAUGGGAUAUUUUAAUGGGAGAUGUAUAUUUUAUAAUAUAAUCUACAUUUCUAGAUUAGUAGAGACUAUUGAGUACAGUAUAUGUACAAAAACAGCAUAUAUCAAAUGUGAAAUACUACAUUAUUAUUAUGAUAGAUUAUAGCAUUGUGUGAUACUACAGCUGUGUGACAUAUCCAGACUCAGUACAUGUGAAAAAUAAUUUCAAAUGAUUAUUAUCCUAAGUUUGUGAGUGCUGGGUCAAGUUCACAGGGUAUAACUGGCAAGAGUGUUAACUGCCAAGUAUGAUCCUCCGUAGGCCUACUGUAUAUCUGUCUGUGGUUCUAACAUAUACUGCUGUAUCCCCUCCCUGUAUAUCCUCUUUAGAACCAACUACAUGUGCCUAACCAGCUAUAUGUGGAGGUUUCCUUUGAACACAGUUUACAGUAUAUAUAAAUAGAAAGAUAUGUAAAUAGAGAAAUAUAAAAUCUGCAGAGACUAUUGUGAAAGAAAAUGUUUUUAUUGUACUGACAUGCCACUCUUUGUCUCCCUCACUCUCACUUGCAAUACACACAUAAGACUGGCAGAUUUUGUUGAUGUUAAUACUGCAUGUUUUAUGUCAACCUCCUUUGAAAAAUUUUGCAGAGUCUCAUUUUGGAAAGCAAAUUUUGUAGCCUUUUUUUGUGAUUGAAAAGAAAUUGACAAGAUUUUACAGUGCAGUUAUUUCAAUGAGUUACUUCUUUGUACACAGAUUAUAUCCUUGGAGGACAGUGAUACUGGCAACCUUGAAACAGCAAUCGAUGUUUUGAUUUGAAUCUCAACAGAUCAAUUUAACAACCUCCAUGUUAAACAAGCUGCCCUGGCGAUGAAAAAAAGGGCUGAGAAUCAGGCAUCAUGUUUAAUUCAUUUGCAGCAGUGUGGGUUGCAGCGCAGCUUUUUUAUCCUCUCAUCCUUCUCCUCUGUUACCCUCAAACUUGACAACAUCUCAGUGGUGUGUGACACAGCCCUCAUCUAACAAAGCACAAAGACCUGCUUUUAUACUGUUACUCCACUGUGAAGGCCUCUUGACUCCACCCUCACAAUCCUCAAACCUACACGCAGGGGGAUGGCAAGGUCGGCCUUGAGGGACACCAGGAAUCAAAGAGGCUUUGUUGGAUAUUUAUCUACCGUAGCAACUACUACUUCAAUUCUCGCUGACUUUCUCCUCUAUACUUUUGAUCACAAGUUGAGGUGUUAGCCAGCCACCUUGCCUUGAAACAGGUCCAUUGCAAACACACUUUUGGUGGUAUGAUUUCCAUACUUUUUGUUCAGUAUUUUACCCAUCCAUCUGUCCUAUAUCUUCACAGUAUAAAUACAGGAGCCUCAGCUAAAAAUACCACCUGGGUGUAUAGUACCUGGGUGUAUAGUUGUAAUAACAUGAGCCGAGCACUCACCAACACACCAGGCAGACUACUAUACGAACCCUUUCAACUCUUUGAAACCCCUUGUGGACAGCCAGACGGACAAGUCAACUCCGAGUACCUCAGUUUCUAGCAGCAGUGUCUCCAACUCUGACCCAGGCCUCUGUCCUCAGGGGAUUCUCUGACACCACACAACCGACGGACCCUGAAAAUACAGGACCAGAUCAGUCCCGCAGGAAUGUUGUCCAUAUUCUCUGAAUGAAAGGAAAAAUCCUUUGAACAGAUUCUCUUGUAGCCAUUUUCUGAGACUGGAGAGUGACAGUGAAGGAAGUGGUGGUUGAGGCAAGAGCUCAAUUGUAGCCAAUGUGUGUGUGCUGUAUACUGUGCAUCUGCAACAAAGUAGAGCAGGAGGGAUGCUGUAGCAGCAGAUUUGAGUUUUAGUUAUGCGGGCAUUUCUGAGAGGCAGUGCUGCUCUGGAGGAAAAAGCUAAGUCACUGGUUGAGCUAAACCUCAGUGGGAGAAGCCAAGGAACUAGUUUUGGCUGAGUAACUAGAGCUAUGAGCUGUGGCUGCUCCUUCUUGUGCCAUUACUCCCUGCAAUAUUUCAAACUGAUCCGCUGUCAAAAAAUGGCAAAAAUUGCCAUAUCUUGCUUUGUAGAUGCAUUUUAUCGAUGAAUAAUCACGGUCACACUGUGUUUCAGCAGUUUAAUGCUUUUAACAAACUAGCAACAAUAGGAAAUGUUGGGUUAGCAUUAGCAGUGACUUCUUAUAGCUCUGAUACAGCAUUAGGAGAGCAGUAAACAGUGAGGCUGAUAUCAAUUAGACAAAAUAACGCUGGAUUACAUACAUACAUCGUUUCCUAAAAAGGAAUUGUAAAUACAUUAAAUGGCUGUUGCUGGAAAAAAUGCCUACCAUGAACAGUGUCAAAAAUCUUAAGGAUUAUAUCUUUAAUACUUAUUUAUACUUUAACCAAACUUCCUUAAAACUUCUUUUUUGGUUCUCCUCUCAGAGGUUUUACUUCCCUCUGUCUCCAGAGCAGCUCAAACUGUUUAACUGAAACUCCAAUGUGUCUUUAGAACUGAGGUGCAAUUGUGUUUGUGUAUGUGUGUAUUUACACUGUAAUGUUGCUUUAUAGUACACACACAGGUACUCAUGUGGGUCAGAGACAACUGAGCAAUUACUGUGUAAUUAACAAAAAAAUACCCUGCCACGCUCACAUUUACAAAAAUGUAAAUACCUGUUGCCAAUGGACAUUGCUCUUCUCAAUAUUACAUAUAUUGUUAUUACAAUAUGAUUAUUAUUAGUAUGAUUAUUGUCAUUAAAAGGAUUAAUUAUUGCCACCACUCUCAUUAUUAUAAAUGGUGUUGUCAGUUAUAGCUAUGGGUAAACAUUGUUCUGUAUUCAAGGGCGAGUCUUGUGUACAAUAACAAGUAGUUUAAUCUAUGAAGACAAAUCUUAAAUCGCUGCUACUAAGGAGAUGGAGUAGAAGAAAAGCAAACUGACAAUAACUCUGGGAAGACAUUUUUCUCUGGGAUCAAUGAUGGACACUCCAAAGAGGAGUGAGAGAUCACCAAAAGAGGAAAGUAAGCGUUGAACAGAUGGACUGAAUGGAAGAUCCAAACAUAAGACCUUCUUUCUCCAUGUGCAUUUAUUCCACUCUGAACUCUUAGUUCUGCCAGAGGAGGAAAACAACAUGGACAUCAAACUGAUACAGACUCUACUCUCUCUGUAUUCUACUCUGUUAUGUAGCAAAAACUAAUUAGCCCCUCGUUCUCUACUCUCUCCUCCUCUUUCAUCUCUUGUAUUUCUCACUGAACACCAUGAUUUUUUAUCAGACGGGUUUUUCAAGCGAGCUUUUCUGUCUUUAAGCUCAGCUUUAUUCUUGAGUUCUCUUGUUUUAUACGUUUGAUUCAGUGCCAAGACAGCAUAUUGUACAUACAAACAUUAGAUGCUUUUGUUUUUUUCUCCUAUAAAACGAAUUGACCGGAGCAUAUAGCAAUAGUGAUCCCAUAAUAUAUGAACUUUGUUUCAUAACGCCACUAGUGGAUACACAAAGAUGCAUGAGAACACCACAGUGACCGGGAGAUGCAGUCUGAAUAUGUGCUGGAUGGGCAGUGGAGGGCGUUGCACCGUGAAGUGUAAAUCAUGAUUCUGUUUGUUGUGUUGUGGUUCUCAUUUUGUACAUAAAAAUGUACUUAUUGAUCUUGUAUGUUUUAUGGAUCUAGAUGUGUCAAAGGAGCACGUCUGAUAGCGCUGAAGCCCAGAGAGAUGGCACACUGUGACGUGGUUUACCCCAACACAGAAUGUAACACGUUGUCAAAACAUUUUCUAAUGGCUAAUAUUAUUACUAUUAAUAUGAUUAUUAUAAAGCUAUUUUAGCGAGUUAAAUGAGG